UGGUCUGGAUGGGAGGCCUAUGGAUAACCUGAGCUGGGAGGCCCGGGUUUGAAGCCGCCCCCUCCACGGACGAGUUCUGUGGUUCAGGCCGGUCUGCAUCCUCCUGGACCUCAGUUUCCCUCCCAUGUGCAUCCCCAGGCGGCUUCGCGGAUUCCGAGCCUUAGAGAGGUACUGGGCGGGGAGAGGCCGGGGCGGUAACUCGAGCCGCCCGGGCGGGGUCUCCGGGCUCCCGCAGCCACGUUCGCGGACCUGAGCGGAGGCCCGGGGUCCGGAGCGGGAUCCGGGCGCCGCCGCAAGGAACCGGGGCUGGAGGCUGCCUGGGAAUCAUGUGACUGAACCUUGUGACCAGAGGAGAGGCCCCCAUUCGCCCUGUGUGAACUCUGCUGUUCACAGCUGUGGGUGAGUGUGUCACCCACAAGACAGAAGUCUUUUGAUGUCCCUUUUUCUUUGUGGCCCUCACAUGACCUUCAAGAGAAAAGGCAGAGAGACUCAUCUCCUUGUGAAGUCUGAGAGCCUCACGGACACAGCCAGUCAGUAAGAGCCACAAGACUGGGCCACAGGUGUCCUCCUGAGCCAGGGCCUUUCCUACAAGGACCGCCGGCUUUCCACCUUAAAGCGCUCAUGUGAGCCAUGAAGCUGAACAAGAGGAGCGUGGCCCAUUAUGCGCUGAGCAAUUCCCCAGCCGACCAAACUGGCUUCCUGCGCACUUGGGGGGGACCAGGGACCCCACCCACCCCCAGUGGUACUGGCCGAAGAUGCUGGUUUGUCCUCAAAGGCAACCUACUAUUCUCCUUUGAGAGUAGAGAAAGCCAGGCCCCACUGAGCCUGGUGGUGUUGGAGGGCUGCACGGUGGAGCUGGCUGAGGCUCCCGUGCCAGAGGAGUUUGCCUUCGCCAUUCGAUUUGAUGCCCCUGGAGUGCGCCCACACCUGCUGGCAGCAGAUGGGCAAGCUGCCCAGGAAGCCUGGGUAAAGGCGCUGUCCCGAGCUAGCUUUGGCUACAUGCGGCUGGUGGUGCGAGAACUGGAGAGCCAGUUGCAGGAUGCCCGCCAGAGCCUGGCCUUGCAUCGCUGUGCAUCCCAGAAGGCCAGUGCCAGCUGCCGCAAGCCUCAGGCUCCUGACUGCUGGACUCCAGGCUCUGAGAAUGGCCACCUUUUCCCCAGGGACUGCAGCCCCAUCAGCUCUGUUGAAGAAAGGGUCAGCAGGCCAACAGGACGGGAUUUGGUUGAGUUUCAGGGCCCUGCCAGCCUCCUUCUAAACAGGGGGCAGAGCCCCGUGUCCCCCGAGACCUCCUGUUUCUCUACCCUGCAUGACUGGUAUGGGCAGGAGAUCUCGGAGCUGAAGCGAAGGUGGCAGCAGAGGGCCGGGGAGAGCCAGUCAGGAUUCAAGCAGCAGGAUAGGCCUUGACCCCGGACCUUCUGAGCCAUGACCCUGUCCUGCUGGUCGGGACAUCAGGGCCAGUUCUUCAGGAGUUAAAUGUUUAUUUGCUUUCUAGUUUGCUUUGGGUGUGUGUGGGGGUCUCUGUCCAACUUCAAGAUCCUCCCCUGUUUCUGGAGUGGACUGAGGAAUCACAACUUCUGAUCUCUUUAUUUCUAGAGGCCCUGAGAAGACAGGUGGUUCGUACAACAUCCACAAGUCCUGACCUCACUGGGCUGCCCUUUUCUCUGGGGACAUAAUGAAACAAAGGAAGGGGCUAUAUUACCUUCUGUACACAACACUCUGUCAUAAUUUCCAACACAGGAAGUCUUGUGCUUCUAAAUGCCAGAGGCUGACUGCAGGACUAGCCUGAGGGCUGACACUGACUGUCCAGGCAGGGCCCUUUGGAGGAGAGAACUGUCAGCCAGUAAAGAGGAUUUCUUCUCUCCCCUGCCACCCUGCCAGCAGAUGGUGUUGGACAUUGCUGGAGGGGCUGGUAGCUUUUAUAAGUCAGCAGAAGCCCUGUAUGUACUCUGUCCUCAGCAGCCAGCUCCUGGGGCUGCCAAAUGGGAAGGCAGGGUGGCUUCCCUUGGGAAAAUCAGUUUAUUGGUUUGGUUCUUAGAUCUGGGCACUCUAAACACUUAGACAUGAAGUUCCUGGUACCCUUGAUAAUCUCUUCUCUGGCUAGGCCUCCACAAAGGUGUUCCUGCUUUCAAAACUGAGUGAAAACACUUAGGGGUUCUGCCACAGGCCUGCUUGUUCCCCAAGACUGGUGCCAGGAAUCCUCAUUGCUACUGUCCCCGGCACCAUGCCAUAUGUUUUUCCCUAUUCUAGGAGGCAAAAUGUCUAAAUCCAGAGUCAGAAGCCAGGCCCACCUGUCCCCCUUAUGGAUGUAGUGACAGUGGCUGUGGGAAGAUGCAGGGCUUGAUCAGAGAUGCCCCCUUCCCAAACAAACUCUGCCCCUUCCUAGCCUCCCUUUUCCUAUCUGGAGCCUUGGGCAGCCUGAACAAAACCCAUCUAGGCCUAAGGAUGAAACUCUUGUCAUUAGGGGGUUUAGUUGUAUGUUGUUCAGGGUCAGGACCUGUUCUGUGCCCAGCAUGCUUAACCCUGCUUGUAGCCCCACUGCCCACUGCCCUUGAUUAUAUACACAGAUGCCUUUGCUACCUUUCUUGCUGUUAUAGUAGUUUGGUUCUUAAAUCGUUAUGGUUUUUAGUUUGUAUUUUUUUGAGACAGGUCUCAUAGUUCAUGCUGACCUAGAACUUUGGGCAAUCCUCCUGUCUCAGCCUCCCAAAUGCUGGGAUUAUAGACGUAGGCUAUCGCACCCAGCUUGGUUUCUUUCCUUUCUGAGACAGAGUCCCAGCAGGGCCUGGUGAGGAAGGUAUGCUAUCACAUCUGGCUGUUACAAUGUUUUCGUGCAAUUUGAACAGUAAAGUUGCAGGGUGUGGUAGCAAAGAUGGUGGAGGCAGAAGCGGGACUCCAGAGUCAUCCUUGACUACACGGUGAGUUUCUGGACAGCCUAGACUACAUGAGACCCUGUCUCGAAAACCAGGCAAACAAAAACAGUAAAUGUUUAAAAAAUGUUAUUUAUGGAGGUGGGAAGAACAGUUCAAGGUCAUCAUCAGCUCCAUAAGUUCAAGGCCAGCAUGGGCUACAUGACACCUAAACAAUUACUCAUUUUAGUUAUUACAAUGUUUUCACAAGUGAAUCGGGAGAUGGAGCUGCUAAGUCAGUAUCCCAGGGUAGCAUCUGAGUGAGGUCGCCUGUCUUGCAGCCUGCUGCACAGUAGCUUAGACUCUCGGGGUCCGGAGCCGGCUGCACCUCUUGCAUAGACUCAUGGACAUAGGCCUUUGUGAACUUUUUAUUGUAACUGUUUUUUAUACAUCCAAACACUAAAGUUUGUCGUUUCUCA